GCUGGGAAUGAGAGGACUGAAGAGUUCAAAUUGGUCUACAGGUUUCCAGGGAUUAAGUACUGCAGGGUCCUGUCCAGGCUGAAGCUGUUGCAGACAGCCAUCUCUGUGGUCAUGCUGCCUCCCAUCUGCUACCUUUACCUGCAGGACCAGGUUUCCCAGAAUAUCUUCUUGUACACAACUGGCCUGGCAGUCUUUGCUGGUGCAAUGUUGUAUGGGAUGAGCUACUUUUUUAGAAGAAUUAUUGGAUUGAUCUACCUAAGUGAAAAUGGCCAAACUGUCAGAGUGGCCCACUUGACAUUUUGGGGAAAACGGAAUGAUGUUUACUGCCCCAUAGAGACAGUGAUGACUUUGGAUGAUACUGGGGACAGGAAGGAGGAGCCACUCCUCCAGUUCAAACGCUAUAACAGUACAGAUACUUUAUAUUUUACCAUUAAGUAUGGCCAGAUUGUAGACAGACAGAAGUUCACUCAGAUUUUUGGAGAACUCGACUGA